GAGCUUUUACAUCCUGGUACUUUGCACUUACAUGUCGACAGCAGCGGGAGAGAGAGAGAGAGAGAGAAAAAAAAAGGGUGAUCCGGGAAGUGAACCCAGUGUCCUAACUGGACUCUGGUCUAAGCGUCUGUAAACUGUCCAGAAAAGUUCGACCUGUUGGCCAGUUGCAGAUUUUGCUCUUGGAUGGUACUUUUGGAAGAACUGGAACUAUACGAAUAAAAUCUAAUGCUACCCCGCUGCAAAGAAAGCAUUUGGUUGACGAGGGACACCUUCUUCCUGUGAUGAUAAUAUGUGCAUCAUUACACUGUGGUGAGGUAGGAGGGAACAAACAGUAGGUAUGUCUAAGACAACGACCUUGAUGAGGCACCGAUACCGGCCUGUGUCGGAAUUUGAUGAAGUCACUUUGGCCUCUAAACGGGAAUACUGGCGGACUAAGAAAAGGGAGCAGAGAGCAAGGCUGUCCAAGGUCAAGAAAGAGGUUAAAGCUCCAAACACAGAAAAUUGUAAACCUGUGUGUACAGAUGGACAUGUUUCACAAAAGUCUCAUUGUGAAUUUAGUCCUAUUUUGCUUAAUAGGGACAGUUCAUACCAAACAAGUGUUGCACAAAACCAGACCAAGGGUGUGGUGAUUUGCAAAGAGGAGAUGAAAAGCUUGACCACUGAAGAAUCAAACAUGGAUCCCUCCAUGGUCGAAUGUAAUGGGGCACCACUCACCAAGGGCUUACCAGUGCCUGAAGCAUGCAUACAAGUACACUCAAACAGCAUAACACAUCGACAGACACGCACCAGAUCUUCAGCCUUUAAGGGUAACUCCUCAAGCAUUCCUCAGACAAGUGCUGUAUCCCAGCUAGCACUAAAGUCCAGUAAACAAGCUCCUGAAAUUAAAUGCUCUGUAACACACAAGUCCUUGGCAGUUGUGAAAGGUAAGUUUGAUAAUGACCAGCGCAUGCUAGCAAGAAGUGGUACAAAUACAAAUAGCAGUGCGGGUGCCGAUGUUGCGGUCUGCAGCACGGGUGUGUACAAUACUGCAGAAGUGGCCAUGACUGAAGAGGAGAAGGCUGCAAAGCGUAGAGAGAACUGGCGUAUCAAAAAACGAGAGCAAAGGGCAAAAUGUGCUGAGAAGCGGAAGAUGGACCGAGAGAAGUUGCAAUGUUUUGAGAAAGGACAUCAGGAAACAGGGAAGAUUUCCUGUGCUGCCCCAGCACAUUCAUUAUCCCCUGUGAACACAAUGGCUUUGAGUGGAGCUAAGCAACGUAACUCUGUGAUCCCUGUUGACUCAAGACUGAGUACUGGAAAACCAUUACAUUAUGGAGUCGGAGUGGAAAGAGAUAAAUUAUCAUCCCGAAGACCCUAUACACCACAAUCAGUGGCUUUAAAACUAGCUGAAAGGCAAAGGUUACUAGCCAAAAACCUGUCCUCUGUUUCAGUUUAUAGCACAAAUCAAUUUCAGAAUUCAAAACAAAAUCAUAUGGCCAUGUCCACAAGGGCUUCUAUGCGGACCUCAAGAUCUAUCAGAGCUAUUUGGCAAUCCAGAAUGCCACAACAGAAGUUUGUCCGAAUUCAAAGGAGGCAAGGUUUACCACAGGGGAUUGAGACAGCCGAGGAGCGACUUGCCAGGCAAAGGGAGUAUUGGCGUAUCAAAAAGCGUGAGCAAAGAGAAAAGCAUUCUUUGGCAUCGAAAGGCCGUUUGAAGGACCUGAAUUCAUUUAACUACCGUGCAAAACACUACCAGAUCAUAAUGGAGCAAAUGCGAAAGACACCAGCAGGCCUUCAGAAAACACCACAACCAAACAAAAACACACUCCGCAACACCUCAAAUCCUAUUAUCAAAGCCACUACAGCAGAGAAAGGUCCACCUGCUGUAGGCUGCAGUUUAUCACCUGUGAAAUCCUCAGAGUCAUCUGGACCUCCUAUGCUACAAAAAUUAAUUGGGACUAGCACCAGACCAGUUCUACAUAGCAUUCCAAAUAACACAGAUUUAUCAGUAAAUCGAAAGAUUCAAAGGUCAGCUGUUCAGAACAUUACUGCCUAUGAUCCUGUGAUUGAACAAGCCAGUAAUAUAGAACAAGCCAAUGGUACAGAUGAUGCUAAGAUUCUUACAACCUCAACAGGGGCCACCCAAACUGAAGCGCUGUUUGCAGAGAGUAGGACGACUAUUAAAAGCGAGUUGACGAGCUGUGAUUUUUGUUCAGUUGAUACCCCAGGUUUGAUCUCAACAGCAUAUGAUACAACCAAACAAGAACCCAUUUCUCAGGAGAACAGUGCUGAGGCAGAGCCUUGCUCAAAUAGUGACAACCAGUCCACUACUCUCUUGGUGGUGGCAUCUAUGAAAAAGCUCCUAGAAGAAUCACUGAGCUCGGUCGGUGACAGUAAUCGCGCAUCUAUAGACAAAGGUGAUCUUUUACCUUGUAAAACUGAAUCCCUUUUUCAGGAGGAUAAUGAAAUGGACAUAAAGGCUGACCUUACACAACCUCAGGAAUUCUCUACAGACACUUGCUCUUCUCUAGUGGUCAAGCAGAGUCCAUCUCCUUGUCAUUCACCUUUGCAGGCACAUGACAUUUCUUCAGAUGGUACUGUUCUUUCAUCCCAAGACUCCUCACUUAACCUGCCUUGUACUGCCACUUCUUUCAGUAAAGGUCCAGGAGAUGAAAGAUGUGAACUGCCUAUGGCUGCAUGUGUGACCCGCUCAAUGCAUAGUGGCAAAAUUUCAGGACAGCGAAAUUUUCCUUCUAAGGCGCAUGGAGGUCAGAAGCAGAAUGAGAACAGUGAGCUGCAGAAAAAGAGAGAAUAUUGGCGAGUAAUGAAAAGGCAACAGAGAGCCAGGAAGGCCAAAGAGAUAGAAAGACGAAAAGAUGCUCUGCAUCUUCCUCAGAGGAAAUGUGGCAGCUCUCAAGUGAUUCACCUGCCUGUGGCUCAACAGCCGAGUCGCACAAACCUCAACCAUCCUGUUAUUCUUCCCAGUGUCACUUCACGUCCCACCUGGCCUGUGUUAAGUCCCACUGCAUCAUCUAAUCAACAGCCAUCAAAUGAGGCAAGGCAGCUAUUGUUUGAAGGACAGAAGGGUAAGACAACAUCAGUGGCGUCUCAGGUGAACAAAUGGCAGCUACAGGUUCAGGGAAACGUUCAUACUUCAGCCACCAGACCAGGUGCUGUGACUUCCAUCCCGACGAAUCACGUAAAGCUGUCAGAGCCUCCAAUACAGGCUAGAGGGUCCUCAGUGUCCAAAUUCAAAAGUCAUUCAAGCCAAUUAAAGAUUACUGCAAAUCAGGAGUUUGAUCCUGAUGAUGCAAUACAAAGGAAGAGGAUGCAAUGGAGAAUAAAGAAGCAAGAGCAGAGAGCUCGGAAGGCGGCACGGGAGAAAGAGCUCCAUACAACACUCAACCAACCGAGACACAGCUGGUCAAACAACAUUACACAUGUAGUUCCAAACAUGCCAAGAGUUAGUCUGGACUAUAUGCCUGAAGAUUGUCAGACAACAAGAGUGAAAGAAGAAGCAGAAGUAUGUUAUAUUCCUGAUGAUGAUUGUUCAGAUCAUCCCUUGUCCGAAAACAAGUGGAGAAGCAUUUACCUCAUGGAUUACGAUCCAGUAAACCAACUCCUGGUGUGCAUGGUGUGUGGGGAACAGCAGUAUACAUUUAGUGUAGAGGAAGUGAAAGCUCAUAUAGAGGAAACCCACCCUAGCAGUCUGACGUUGGAGGAGGCGGAGCGACAAAACAUCCUCGAGGCUUGGGAUGAACAAGUGGCAGUGAGAGAGCGUUUCUUCACCAACCAGCUGUGGCAAAACAGCAGUGUCCUCAAAGAACAGAGCUCAGGGCACAUGGCUGAGGUCGAAGUGAUUCUGGGCCAAGAUGAUAAAGCAGAUCAGUCUAAAAGACGGUAGUGUGAGCAAUGACAUUCUCCAAAAGAAAGUUAAAAUCCACUGGUUUCAAAUCCGAAAAGAAUUCUUUAAGCAAAACACAAAAGCAAAGACUUUGCGAGGUGUACUCUGUCUGAGCAUGUUAAAGCUCUUUUUUUUCUUUUUAUUUUCCUUUUUUUGGUAAACACGCAACCCAUGGUGAUCCAUCUGGAUUGUACCGCAUUGCUGUAUUGCAGACUCUUUUUAUAAAUGCGUGCAAAUGAUUUAAAUUUUAUACAUUUAUGUUUACAUACAUACAUCUAUGUGCAUUCAUGUAUUCAUCGUUAACCGCCAUAGCUGUUUGCAUUCUCGAUCUUUCACAAUCUGAGGAAUCGCAUCUGAGAUACUGUAGACCUUCUGGAAAAAAGUGACUUGACCUGUUCAUUGACAUGCUGUUUCAUUCACCUGGUGCUUAUUACUUUCUCUAAGCAUUGCCUUCCUUUUUAAGACGUUACUAUUUAAUAUUAUACUUAUAAGCACAUGUUAAGUUACAUAGUGAUCUCACUGAAACAUUCAUGUUAAUGAUGUUUAAGUGUACAUUUGCUACACACAGCAAGUUUUUUUCUGUUUUAAUAAAGUUUUUAUCCUUCUGGGAAAAGAAUCAAGCAAGGUUUUUAUUUUA